AUGGAUGCUAUGUUUGUGGUUCUGUCUGCUCGGAUUCUGCUCUCUCUCUUUUUGUUGGAUUUAUCCUCGGGUCAGAUCGUGUAUUCGGUCUCUGAGGAAGUGAAAGAGGGAACCGUUGUUGGGAAUGUAGCAAAGGAUCUGCACAUCAGCCUUCAGGAUCUGGAGGCCCGAAUGUUUCAAAUGAUUUCUGCAUCGAACAGAAAAUAUUUUGAGGUCAGUCUGAAGACCGGGGCGUUGUUUGUUAAUGAAAGGAUCGAUCGAGAGGCGUUGUGCUCCACAGCUCUGAAAUGUUCCGUCCAGAUAGAGGCAAUGGCUCACAACCCACUCAGGAUGUUUCGUAUCGAGGUAAAUAUAAUAGACAUCAAUGAUCAUGCUCCGUCUUUCCCGAUUAGUAGCCAGAUACUGAACAUAUCAGAGAUUUCUGCACCUGGAGAGAAAUUCCCAUUGUCUUUGGCUGAUGAUCCAGACACGGGCAGCAAUACAGUGAAAACGUAUAAAUUAACCCCAAACGAACACUUUUCUUUAGAUGUACAAAAUGGGGAGGAGAUUACCUCAGUCGAGUUAGUGUUACAGAAAGCUUUAGAUCGAGAAACGCAGCCGGUUUUUAAUCUAGUACUGACUGCACUGGAUGGAGGAAAACCUCCGAUGUCUGGGACAUUAGAGAUCUUUGUAAAUGUUUUGGAUUUUAACGACCAUUCCCCAGUUUUCAGUCAACAGCUUUACAAGGUAAAGGUGAAUGAGAAUUCCGCUUUUGGCACGCAGGUCAUUUCUCUUUCAGCCAAAGAUUUAGAUGAAGGAGUUAACAGUGAAAUUACGUAUGCGAUAGUCAGGCAAGGCAAUGCGAAAAGCUCGGAUCUGUUUUCAAUUCACCCUGAAAGUGGAAUUAUAACAGUCAAAGGUGAAAUCGAUUAUGAGGAAAACGCUGCGGUUGAACUGAGAGUUGAAGUUAAGGAUAGGGGCCAACCUCCUAAAAGUUCUCAAUGCAAAGUGUUGGUUGAAAUUAUUGAUAUGAAUGACAAUCCACCAGAAAUAGCGAUGACCUCACUCACGAGUAAUGUCCGAGAGGACGCUAAAGACGGCACAGCGGUGGCUUUAUUUACAGUUUCUGACAAAGAUGGAGGCAAAAACGGAGUGGUGCAUUGCAACAUUUUAGGUCCUGAUCCUUUUAAAAUCGAGUCAUCUUACAGAAAUUAUUAUUCAUUAGUUGUAAACGGACCACUGGACAGGGAGAAAGUUGCUGUGUAUAAUAUUACGAUAAAAGCCACAGAUGAAGGGAAUCCAUCACUGUCGAGCAUCAGUGUCUUCAGAGUUCAAAUUGGUGAUGUCAAUGAUCAUGCGCCUGUCUUUUCAAAACCUGUCAAAAAUGUUUAUAUUAAAGAAAACAGUCCAGCUGGGAUUGUCAUAGCGCAAGUAAGCGCACAUGACGCGGAUGCGGAGGAAAACGCGCGUGUAUCCUACGCGUUGCUCGGUGCAGGGAAAGGCGACAUUCCCUUAGAGAUCAACUCGGAAACUGGUGAUAUAUACAGUCAAAGAUCGUUUGAUCAUGAGCAGAUCAAAAUGUUCCAAGUUCGAGUUCAGGCCACUGACUCCGGAGCACCGCCUCUGAGCAGCAAUCAGACCGUGAAUGUUUUUAUCAACGACGAAAAUGACAACGCCCCGGUGAUUCUCCCGCCCUGCUCCGAGUCAGGGUCAGUAAACACUGAGAACAUUCCCUACUCUGCUGAAGUGGGGUAUUUUGUGGCUAAAGUCAGAGCCGUAGACGCUGAUUCAGGUUAUAAUGCACUAUUAUCUUAUCACAUCACUGAACCAAAGGGAACGAACCUCUUCCGAAUCGGAACCAGCACAGGAGAAAUAAGGACUAAAAGACGAAUGAGUGACAAUGACUUAAAAACCCACCCGCUUCUGAUCAGUGUCUCGGAUAAUGGAGAACCUUCACUGUCCACGACUCUGAGUGUUGAAGUUGUAGUUGUGGAAAACAUGGACGUCCUGCAGCCUUCACUAAGACAAGUGCCAGUAAAGGAGGAGAAUGUUUCUAAUCUGAAUCUCUAUCUGCUCAUCGCUAUUGUCUCAGUGUCAGUGAUAUUUUUACUGAGCCUCAUCGCUUUAAUAGCAGCUAAAUGCUACGGGACAGACGGUGGGUUCAGCAGGUCCAGCGCUCCAGUGGUCACUACACACCCUGACGGGAGCUGGUCUUACUCCAAAUCCACUCAGCAGUAUGAUGUGUGUUUUAGUUCCGACACACUGAAGAGUGACGUCGUGGUUUUCCCCUCGCCGUUUCCGCCUGCAGACGCAGAGCUGAUCAGCAUUAAUGAAGGAGACACUUUUAACAGGACACAAACUCUUCCUAGCACUGGGAAGGUAGGAGAUUUUUUUAAAUUGAUAUUCUACUCCACCUUUAUUUACAUGGACUUGAAAGGGGGAAGGCCAGACAGACAUCCUACUAUGAUGGAUGCCUUCUAUUCCAAACCGCAUGUGUUUUUUCGGAUUGUCCUGCCUCUUUGUUUGUGGGAUUUAUCCUCCGCUCAGAUUGUCUAUUCAGUGACAGAGGAAGUGAACAAGGGGACCGUUGUUGGAAAUAUGGCGAAGGAUCUAAACCUGAACGUCCGGGAACUGGAAUCGCGCAUGUUUCAGAUUGUUUCUGGGUCCAACAAGAAAUAUUUUGAGGUUAAUUCAAAGACUGGUGAGUUAUAUGUAGACGAGAGAAUCGAUCGAGAGGAUCUGUGUCCUGCGAGUCAAACGUGUUCUCUUCAUCUUGAAGCAAUUGCGCAAAACCCUUUAAGGCUGUUCAGUGUCAAUGUGAAUAUAGUGGAUGUAAACGAUAACGCUCCAUCAUUUCCUUAUAAAAUAUACGAUUUAAAUAUCGCAGAACAUGCAUUUCCUGGUGAGAGAUAUCCUCUGCCGAGGGCGAGUGAUGCAGAUGUCGGCGUUAACUCGAUUAAAACCUAUAAGUUGAGCUCGAAUGAAUAUUUUUCUCUAAACAUUCAGAGUGGCGCAGAGCAGAAUAUGUCCCCGCAGUUAAUUUUACAGAAAUCCUUAGACAGAGAGAAGCAGGCGAUGGUGAAACUCGUGCUCACUGCCCUGGAUGGGGGAAAACCUGCUCGGUCUGGCACUCUUGAGGUAACUGUUAAUGUAAUCGAUGUAAACGACAACACUCCAGUAUUCAGCAAGGAGUUGUAUAAAGUCAGUAUCCCUGAAAACACGAUGUUGGGAACUCAGAUUAUUCAGCUAAACGCCAGUGAUACAGACGCGGGAACGAAUGGAGAAAUAAUUUAUUCACUCAUAAGCCACGGAAAAGAAAAGUCCAGCGACAUUUUUCAAAUAAACCCAGUCACGGGUGCAAUCUCAGUGAAAGGACAUUUGGAUAGAGAGGACACUGCUGCGUUUGAGCUUCAUGCACAAGCUCAGGACAAAGGCUCUUCACCUCGGGCUUCUCACUGCAAAGUUUUAAUUGAAGUGCUCGACAUGAACGACAACGCGCCUGUCAUUUCCCUCACAUCUCUCUCCAGCACUAUCAGAGAAGACGCGACUUCUGGCACCGUGGUUGGAUUGAUAACGAUUGCUGACAACGACGUGGGUCAGAACGGAGAGAUCAGUGCUUGGAUUAAAGGAUCCAAUCAAUUUAUUCUUCAACCAUCUUACAAAAACUAUUACUCGUUAGUAGUAGAUGGACCUCUGGACAGAGAAAAGACGUCUGAAUAUAACAUCAGUGUCACAGCUACUGAUAAAGGCAACCCGCCACUAGUCAGCAAUAUGGUUCUUACAAUUCACAUUUCUGAUGUAAACGACAAUGCACCUCGAUUUCCAGACAAAAUCAUGGACGUCUAUGUGAAAGAAAACAGUCCUGCUGGAAAUAUCAUAGCAACAGUAACAGCGAAGGACGCAGAUAUCAACGAAAACGCUCAAAUAGUGUACUCUUUAAUUUCCAAAAACUAUUUAACUUCCUUGGUGGACGUUAAUUCUGCAAAUGGUGAUGUAUACAGUAAACAGUCAUUUGAUUAUGAGGCGAUUAAGUCAUUUCAGUUUCAAAUUCAAGCCACUGACUCUGGAGUUUCACCUCUCAGCAGCAAUGCAACUGUGAAUGUUUUUAUUCUGGAUGAGAAUGACAACAGUCCAGUUUUUCUCCCUCCUUAUUCUGAACCCGGCUCAGUAAACACUGAGAACAUUCCCUACUCUGCUGAAGCGGGGUAUUUUGUGGCUAAAGUCAGAGCCGUAGACGCUGAUUCAGGUUAUAAUGCACUAUUAUCUUAUCACAUCACUGAACCAAAGGGAACGAACCUCUUCCGAAUCGGAACCAGCACAGGAGAAAUAAGAACUAAAAGACGAAUGAGUGACAAUGACUUAAAAACCCACCCAGUUCUGAUCAGUGUCUCGGAUAAUGGAGACCAAAUUCUGUCAACGACUCUGUCAAUGGAAGUUGUGGUUGUGGAAAAUAUAGAUGACGUUCAGACAAGCAUAAGACGAGUACCAGUAAAGGAGGAGAAUGUUUCUAAUCUGAAUCUCUAUCUGCUCAUCGCUAUUGUCUCAGUGUCAGUGAUAUUUUUAUUGAGCCUCAUCGCUUUAAUAGCAGCUAAAUGCUACGGGACAGACGGUGGGUUCAGCAGGUCCAGCGCUCCAGUGGUCACUACACACCCUGACGGGAGCUGGUCUUACUCCAAAUCCACUCAGCAGUAUGAUGUGUGUUUUAGUUCCGACACACUGAAGAGUGACGUCGUGGUUUUCCCCUCGCCGUUUCCGCCUGCAGACGCAGAGCUGAUCAGCAUUAAUGAAGGAGACACUUUUAACAGGACACAAACUCUUCCUAGCACUGGGAAGGUAAGAAGAGCGUUUGUAGACUAA